GUGAUUGGGUGUGGGGCCCGUGUCUCUCCCUCCUCUCGUCCCUUGAAAUAACCCUCUUCCCUCCUCUUCUCUUUCAAGCAUUAAUGUACGAAUUUUUGUGAAGAAAUUCAAUUUCACGAGCAGCGGUAUCGGCGAGGACAUACGAAUUACUCGGAUCUUGAUCGGAGGACGAGAGAAUGAGCGCGAAGGUGCCACCAGUGAGGACACGCGUAGGGAAAUACGAGAUAGGGAAAACCAUUGGUGAGGGUAGCUUUGCCAAGGUCAAGUUCGCCAAGAAUGUUGACACCGGCGAUUUCGUUGCCAUUAAAAUCCUCGAUCGUGAUCAGGUCCUCCGCCACAAGAUGGUCGAGCAGAUUAAGGGAGAAAUCUCAACUAUGAAGCUGAUUAAACAUCCGAACGUCAUCAAAAUUAUUGAGGUUCUGGCUAGCAAGAGGAAGAUCUACAUUGUUCUCGAAUUCGUGGACGGAGGCGAGCUAUUUGACAAAAUUGCCAACCAUGGGAGACUACGAGAAGAUGAAGCCAGGAGAUAUUUCCAGCAGCUUAUAAAUGCUGUGGAUUAUUGUCACAGUAGAGGCGUUUACCAUAGAGAUCUGAAGCCUGAGAACCUUCUUCUUGACUCAUAUGGUAUUCUUAAAGUCUCAGAUUUCGGGUUGAGUGCAUUGUCAAAGCAAGUACGGGAAGAUGGGCUUCUUCAUACUGCCUGUGGAACUCCAAAUUAUGUUGCUCCUGAGGUGCUCAAUGAUAAAGGUUAUGAUGGUACAUCUUCUGAUAUUUGGUCUUGCGGGGUCAUUCUCUUUGUACUUAUGGCUGGGUACUUGCCUUUCGAUGAGGCAAAUCUCAUGGCUUUGUAUAGAAAAAUCUGCAAAGCUGACUUCUCUUGUCCAUCAUGGUUUUCGGCUGGUGCAAAGAAUUUGAUAAAGCGAAUUCUGGACCCAAAUCCUCUUACUCGGAUAACUAUUCCUGAAAUAUUGGUAGAUGAAUGGUUCAAGAAAGGUUACAAGCCACCAUGUUUUGAUCAGGAAGAGGAUGUAAAUCUUGAUGAUGUAGAUGCUGUUUUCAAUGACUCAAAGGAAUAUCUUGUCACAGAAAGGAAAGAAAAACCAGUAACCAUGAAUGCAUUUGAGCUUAUUUCUAGAUCACCAGGAUUCAGUCUGGACAAUUUAUUUGAGAAGCAAGAAGGCCUUGUGAAGAGAGAAACACGUUUUACUUCUCAAUCUCCAGCAAAUGAAAUCAUGUCCAGGAUUGAGGAAACUGCGAAGCCUCUGGGCUUUAAUGUGUGCAAGCGUGACUACAAGAUGAAACUGAAAGGUGACAAAACUGGGAGGAAGGGCCAGCUUGCUGUGGCAACCGAGGUGUUUGAGGUGGCUCCCUCCUUACACAUGGUAGAGCUCCGAAAAACAGGUGGUGACACACUGGAGUUCCACAAGUUCUACCAGAGUUUUUCAUCAGGACUAAAAGAUAUUGUCUGGAAAUCAGAAGAAAAACGCGAAGAAUAGAGGUGAUUCUCUCUCUCUUUGCCUUAUUGUGCCUGUCAUAAUAGAAGCUGUCCCAUUUGGUCCAGUUCUUUACUUAGUUGAUCCUUUUCACCGUGAUCCAGUGGACAUGUGAAUAUGAAGAUUGUAUAAUAUGUUAAAGUCGGUUGGCCUGGCUUGAAGCAAGCUCAUGGCGAUGCGAGGAGGAAGAAAUUCAAGCCCUCCAAAGUGUAGACAUGGUUACAUUUCCCAUGCUCCCCUUUUAAGUUCUCCAAUUUUUGUACUUUCUACAGUUCUUGAGCUGAACCCAUUGUUUUUUUGCGCAGAGAUUCAGUUCAAGUAUUUUAUAGAUUUUGUCCUUGAUUCCGCCUUUCAGCGGGAUAAAUCAUUCUUCUUAUGAAUAAAUAAAAGAAGAGAUACUUUGUGCAAA